AUGGCGACUCCCAGACCCAGUUAUACAGAUUCAGCAAAUACUGGGACGUGCAUGGAGGAAGAUGGCAAAACCUCUCAUAAUGAAUGUCAUCUGAGCCCGCGGUCAUCUAGCUCGCAGAGGGCUAGGACUUUGGGAGACGUGUUCGGUGUGAUAUCGACCCCAAGCUCAGAUCUUCUCUUCGACUCCAGAAAUUUUCCAGUAGUGGUUGUUGCCUCCUACUUCCAGCACGAACAAUAUAAACCCAGUCCUGACUGUCCUGACACCGGGGGGUUCGCCACUGGACAGUCCCCACCCCAGGAGGACGCCGCUGGACAGUCCCCACACCAGGAGGACGCAACUGGACAGUCCCCACACCGGGAGGACGCAACUGGACAGUCCCCACACCGGGAGGACGCAACUGGACAGUCCCCACACCGGGAGGACGCGGGUGGACAGUUCCCACACCGGGUGGACGCCGCUGGACAGUCCCAACACCAGGGGGACGCCGCUAAACAGUCCCCACACCGGGAGGACGCCGCUGGACAGACCACACACCGGGAGGACGCCGCUGGACAGUCCCAACACCAGGGGGACGCCGCUGGACAGACCCCACACCGGAGGGACGCCGCUGGACAGUUCUCACACCGGGAGGACGCCGCUGGACAUUCCCCACACCGGGAGGACGCCGCUGGACAGUCCCAACACCAGGGAGACGCCGCUAGACAGUCCCCACACCGGGAGGACGCCGCUGGACAGACCACUCACCGGGAGGACGCAGCUGGACAGUCCCCACACAGGGGGGACGCCGCUGGACAGUCCCCACACAGUGGGGAAGCCGCUAUACAGUCCCCACACCGGGUGGACGCCGCCAGACAGUCCCCACACCGGGAGUACGCAGCUGGACAGUCCCCACACCGUGGGGACGCCGCUAUACAGUCCCCACACCGGGUGGACGCCGCCAGACAGUCCCCACACCGGGGGGACGCCGCUGGACAGACCCGACACCGGGGGGACGCCACUGGACAGUCUCCACAUCGGGAGGAUGCCGCUGGACAGUCCCCACACCGGAAGGACGCCACUGGAAAGUCCUCACACCAGGAGGAUGCCACUGGAUAG